CCUCGGGAAGAGAGGAGAUCGCUGCCUGGUUUUAUGGAUGUCACUGAAGUAGACUUUGAAGCUCUUUGGAAGCACCUCACAAACCUGGCAUGGGAAACCACAGCAACAACCAUACCUGCCUGACAGACGAUUCCUUUAAGUACAACCUGUACGGUGCAGUGUACAGCGUGGUCUUCAUCCUGGGUCUGAUCACAAACUGCGCCUCCCUCUUCGUGUUCUGCUUCCGGAUGAGGAUGCGAAGCGAGACGGCCAUCUUCAUGACCAACCUGGCCGUCUCCGACCUGCUCUUCGUCUUCACUCUGCCCUUCAAGAUCUUCUACAACUUCAACAGGCACUGGCCUUUCGGGGACAGCCUGUGCAAGAUCUCCGGCACGGCCUUCCUCACCAACAUCUAUGGGAGCAUGUUGUUCCUCACCUGCAUCAGCGUCGACCGCUUCCUCGCCAUCGUCUACCCCUUCCGCUCGCGCACCAUCAGGACCCGCAGGAACUCCGCCAUCGUCUGCGCUGGCGUUUGGAUCUUGGUCCUCAGCGGUGGCAUUUCGGCUUCCUUGUUCUCCACCACCAACGUGUCCAACACCAGCACCACCUGCUUCGAAGGGUUUUCCAAGCGUAUCUGGAAAACCUACCUGUCCAAGAUCACCAUAUUUAUUGAAGUGGUAGGCUUCAUCAUCCCUUUGCUACUCAACUUGACCUGCUCCUCCCUGGUUCUCAGGACGCUCCGGAAACCUGCCACCUUGUCUCAGAUCGGGACCAACAAAGAGAAGGUGCUGAAAAUGAUAGUCGUGCACGUGGCCAUCUUCCUGGUGUGCUUCGUGCCCUACAACUCCAUCCUCUUCUUGUAUGCUCUCGUGCGGUCCCAGGCGAUUGCCAACUGCUCCUUGGAGAGGUUUGCCAGGACAAUGUACCCCAUCACCUUGUGCAUCGCCACCAUGAACUGCUGCUUCGACCCCUUCAUCUAUUACUUCACAUCAGAAUCCUUCCAGAAGUCCUUCAACAUCAAAACCCAGAUUAAAAUGGAUUCUCUUUUCAAGACCGAGACCCCUCUGACAAAGACUGCACUCCCAGCACCACAGGAUGAAAUAAGUGACCAGGCUAUGACCAAUGGAGGAGACCCAACAUCUGAAUCGCAUUUCUAGGGAGAUGUUUACACAUGGAGUUGUCCCCUGCUUAGCUUCUUGAGGAGCACCACCUGUGUGAAGGAGCUGCUUCAGAGCAUGUGGGCUCACGUGUGUGCUCAUGAGGCUAUGGGGGAACAACUAGACAGGUAGAGAAAUCCUUACACUGGCAUAGUCCCAACAGGUGAUAAAAAUCCUGCUGGGUCUCCCUUUGGAGACAGGUAACAGUGUAUGCACCAGCUGAAGAAGCUGUUCUGUUCCCUCUUUCAUCAGGGGAUGCCAACAUUUGGCAUUGUUGUUGUGGUUUUUUUUUUUUCCCCCUCAGCAGUUGA